CGAUAACUUGAUAUUUACAAACAUGACUAUAAAUAGAUUAAAAUGGAACAUAGGGAAUUCAACAUUUUUCUAACAUGUUACAAUUUAAAUAUUUCUAGAUUUUGUACCAAUUGGAAAUUAGCUCAGUGGUAAAGCAUACAGUCCAUGUUAAACAGAUCUUUUGCCGUGUGGGUUCGAAACUCAGCAUCGACAUUAAAUUUUUAUUUCUAUAAACAUGUAGAUUGCUUCAUAAACUAUGUUUCAACACAACAGAGAAGUAUCUUAAGCCGAUAUGGCAGAUCAGAAAAGUUUAGCAUUAUAUUAAAGAUGAUGUUGACUAAAUGCAUGCAUUUAAGCCAUGCAAAUAAUAAACAUACUGUUGUGUUAUAUAACGGCAUACAUACAGAUACUAAUAAACUUUGAUAAUGUGGCAGUUGAGUCCAAUAAGUCCAGAGGUGUUCAAAGAUAAACCAUCAUGAAAUUAUCUUGGAGCUAUAUUGCAAUGCAAUUAUUAGUUACUUGUUUUGGAAAAUUAACAGUGUCGAUUGUAUUGAGGUCAUUUGUCACAUUAUCAAAGUUUAUUAAUACAAACCGUCAAAGAAAGAAACAAAAAUACGGAAGUAAAAAUGAAAACGAAAAGAAAAAAAACACAAAAAGACAAAAAUUGAAAAAAAAACUCACGAAGAUUCGAACCCACAAAAUGAUUUGCUUAUGUGCAAUUGUUAUCUGCGUUUUACCCGACUGAGCUAUGUUUCCAUGAAAUCAUAGUAUAUUUAAGAUGAAACAAAUACUAAUAUUUACUUAGAAGGUAAUGUGUAAGCAUUAUGGGUUGGUAUUUCAUCGGUUAUCAUGAAAUAGAAUCGUCCUUGCGUUUCGGCGGGAACCUUGUUAUCGUUGGGGAUUAGUAUAGGAUAGUGUUUAUUAGUAAACAAUUAUCAAAUUAAAUUGGUCUUUUAAUUUGAUAAAUGCUUACUAAUAAACACUAACCUGUUUAGUGGUAGAAAUUAUAUUUUGUUUACUAUCUUAGUUCCCGCAGCGAGUGUCAAACGUAUCUAACGUCACAGGUCAUACAGGUACCUACUAGCUUUAUGCAAAUUAGUUCCAGCGAGGUGUCCUGGACAGUUAGUUAUCUAGAUCAUUCCAUCGGAAUAAAGACACGUGCUAUCACGCUAUUGAAUUAAGAGUAAAAUGGGCGACGAAGAAAAAAAUCUCGACGUCAGCUGCUUUGAUCUCCUUGAAGAUACAGAACUGUUAAAAAUCUUACAGUCUGGUGUUUUGAGUGACGAGCCAACAUGUGCCACUGCCACCGUUACGGCAACACGCAGGAGCUUCUGAUACCCCGGGCCCGGGCGUCGGAACAUGAACGCGUGUCCUGUGCUACCGACGACCACGCCAAGGACGGUGUCCGUUCGAACAGCGAUACGAAACCCUUGUCUGCCGUCAGUGACAAUCAGCAAACCGUCGCCAAUCCUUCAACGAGUGCAGCUAGGUUUGGAGAUCCUAUGUCAGAACAGCAGAUUCGAGAGAAGAAUGUCGGCGCUGUACCUAAGAAAACUAGGGCAUUAAACGAGUGGUCAGUGAAAGUCUGGGUGGACUGGGCGAGGCAUCGCAAUGCACAGCCUGUGACAGUGUACGAACCGGGGUAUCCCAUACCGGAGGAUAUAGGGCUGCUGGACGAUGCUAUGCUUAAUUACUGGGGACAGCGUUUUAUAAUGGAGAUAAAGAGACAGGAUGGAGCUGAUCACCCACCGAACACACUCCAUCAGUUAGUUUGUGGUUUGCAACGUUACUUAAGAAACGUAUGCGGCAAACUGUAUAUUAACUUUAUUAAGGAAGGUACGCAGUUUAACGACUUCCGGAAGAGUUUAGAUACGCGAAUGAAGGAAUUGUAUGCAGCUGGAGUCGGGAUCAAAAGGUCUUCUAGUGAUCCUGUUACCAUGAGUGACGAAAUUCGUAUGUGGGAAAUCGGAGUAUUUAACAGCAGUAGUGCCACGGGACUAAGUAAUGCAGUCUUUUACUAUAACGGUAAACUGUUCGGUUUCAGGGGAUUUCAAGAACAUAUUAAUUGUCAAGCUACCCAGUUCGAAAUACUUGAGGACAAGGAACAGAAUUUGCGUUAUAUUCUAUUCACUCCUGGUCAACGUAAAAACUCGCAAGGUGGGCUCAAAGGUCGCAAAUUUGUCCAAGAGCCAGUGCGACACUAUGAACAACCGGACAGACAGCAUAAUCUUGUUGAAUUGUAUGAACGGUACCUGGCCCUCAUUCCUAGAGCCGGGCCUAUGUACAGGCAGCCACUUGACGGCGUGGAUGAAAAUAACAAUCCAAAAUUUAGUGCCGCAACAAUCUCACACAAUGGAAUAAAAUCUAUGAUGAAGCGUUUCUUUACAGAAGCCGGUAUUGACACAAACGAUAGUAAGAUAACAAACCACUCUGCACGAGUAUCUCUUUGUACAACGUUAUACAAUAAGAACUUCGCGGACAAGGCCUUAACUAGCCGGAGCAAACAUAGGAGUAACGCUGUUCAAGCUUAUCAGAGAGAACAAUUUGAUAUUUUGAACGGUAUAAGCGAUGCACUCGAGCCGGAGUUGAAAAACCCAAAAGUCCAAGUAAAAGGCGAUGGACUCGAGCUGAAACUGGAAAAACCAAAAUUCUGUGUAACGGAAACUGUUUCAUCAGCAGCUGAUGAGAAAAUCUCGUCUGCUAAGGUCGAACAAUACUCCCGGCCUGCAACCAUGGAAUUUCCAGUUUUACCAAGCAGUGAUUGCCAUGUGGAUGAUGGAUUAGUGAUUCAUGUACCGAACUGUGUGAAAAAUCUAGUAAUUGUUAAAAGCGAUGAGAAAAAAUGAUCUUUGACAUCUAGAUAUGAAAGACUUUUGAAAACAGUUGAUAUUUUCAAGUUUUUUUUUAAAGUUUGAGUUUUUCAAGUUUAAAUUUUUCUUCGUGUUAGACUUUGGAGACAGUUUAGGACGAUAUAUGAAGUGUAUCUGUGUUGUUAACUUUUAUUUCUACGGACUUAAAAUAAAAAUGUAAGUAUUCUGAUGUGAAAUCAUUAAAGUUGUG